CAGCCAGGGGACGGGCAGCUGCCACCUCUUCAGAUAUCCUCUAUUUAAAGUUCAAAGAGACGCUGGACAGCAAUAACAAAGAGGUGAGCGUGCAGAGCGACCCACCCCACAACAGGAGGAAUGGCCGAGAAAGCGGAGCUUCCAUUCUCCCGCCUCCUGGUCCCCAUCCUUCUCUUGAUCGGCUGGAUUGUGGGCUGCAUCAUAAUGGUCUAUGUCGUCUUCUCCUAGGACGGAAAGAAGACUUCAGAUUGACGUCAUCUAGAAGAAUUGAGAAAAGAGCAAACAUGACAGAUUAAGAAUUGAGAAAAGAACAAACAUGACAGAUUAUUAAAUGUUCCUCAUGUAAAUAACUGUAAUGUUUGGCAUCCCUUUAUAAACUUGGGUUUGUA